GGAAUUCCUAUCACAAUGUUUAUAUUUGCACUUUUCUUUGUAUUAACAGCGUUUAUAUAUAUGAAUGAUACAGUUGCUCAAGUAACAGAUGAUGAAAAUUGUGAAACACUACAGUCAGAAGUACAUAUUACAAAAGAUCAAUAUGAUGAAAUAGGUCGAUUAAAAAGAACAUGUAGUGGAGAUAUAACUGUUACAAAAUGUGAAGGGUUUUGCAGUUCACAGGUACAACCAAGUGUUGCAAGUACAACAGGAUUCUCAAAGGAAUGUUAUUGCUGUCGUGAGAGUUAUUUAAAAGAAAGGCACAUCACACUACACCAUUGUUAUGAUGCAGAUGGAAUAAAAUUAAUGAAUGAAGAAGAUGGAGUAAUGGAAAUCAAGAUAAGAGAACCAGCAGAAUGUAAAUGUAUUAAAUGCGGUGAUAUAUCCCGAUAAAUAUGGAAAUAUUUUAUAAAAGCAUUAAUAAAAUAUAAAAUAGAAAUUAUAUGUAAUACAAAUAAUGUGAUUUAAAAUAAAAAUAUAGAACAUA